AUGGAAGUGAUCUAUAAUAGCUCUGCCAUAACAAACUUCCUUUCCCUUUACAGCCGUAAAGACUGGCCCAAUUGUAUUUUAGCAGUGCUUCUUUUAGGACUUUCUAAAUUAAACGGAAAACAAUACACAGUAGAAGAGUUGUGAGAUCUUGUAGAAAAUGGAGAAUCGUUAAAUAGUGAACUUCAAGGGAGCCAAUACUCAAAUAAAGAAGAAAUUAUUACUGUGAUGCCAAAAACACUUAAUCCUGAUCGCAGAUAUGUAUCAGCCCCUAAACGAGAAUUUUCUUCACAAUCAACAAUCACAAAUAAGCCUCCCCUCAACCAAAAAACUCCGAAAUCAAGCAUCCGAGGAUCUUUGAAAUCAGAAGAAACCCCUCGAUUUAAAGUGAGAGAUGACAAACUAAAGCAAAGCAACCGCAGCGAUGGCUCCCCAAAUUUAAAGAACUCAAGGCUCCGCACAUCUCCAAAUGUGUCUCCAUCAAGAAAAGAAAAUGCAGAAACGCGAAAAAGAUUUUCACCUAGAAUCAAUACAUAUUCACAUUCAAUGUAUAAUAAUCAAAAUAACUCAGCAGAGACAGUAAAACAAAGGACAAUCCCUAAGUACUUGAAAGGAGUGGAUUCUAAAAUAAGAGAUGAUAUUCUUAAUCUUUUUUAUUUAAAAAAUAGUCCAUUGUGACUUUUUGGGCAUAGGGAGUAUAAUUUUUUUAAAAAUGAUAUUUAUUAUUUUGAUAUAGAGAUUUAUAUAAACAUAAAAUGGAGAUGAUGCCCAAUUUUUCUUCUCAUGUAACAGCUACCCAUGCAUACCUGGAAAUGUUUUUUGGAGCAGGACUUGGCUCAGCAGUAUCUGGUAUUCUGCAGAGAAGGACUUAAACAUAAAUCCGCUGACUUGUGGUCUGAUCUAAUAGUUACUUGCGACGUCUUCUUGCCAGUAGCACCCGAUCCAGGGGAUACAUGAAAUGGAGCAAGGUGAACUACUUGCUCAAGCUGCUUUAGUCUACCCGAAUCUAGGAACCGUUGGAAUUUUUCUAGGACGAACUGAAAAAAGGAGAAGGCAGGCUAGACAACAAAACGAUCUCUUCGGUUCAAGGACCUCCAAGGAGGGAGGCGAUACCGACCUGGAGUGAAGGGAAGGGUGGAGCAAGUAGGCGGUCGAAGGGACCAAGCUGGAAUCGUAUUGCCUUGGGAGGUUUAGAUCCACAGGACAAUAAAACUAUUAAAAAUCAGGUGUUGUUGGGAUUUGAGCAACUAGAGGUGGAAGCCACCGAAUUUUCAAUUGUACCGGGCAGAAUGCCACCUGUGUGAAGUACGUACCUUAAUACCCAUCAUAAUCUAAUCUAGAGAUUUAGAGAUAUUGCCAGCUAUAAAAACAUGAUAGAUAUAAGCAAAAUAGAAGACCAAAAAAUCCCAGUUUGAGAUGAAGAGCCAACUGAAGAAAAACCACUAAACAAAAAUCUAAACUCAGUAUUCCAAGAAGUCUCCAAAACAAAUUUCGGUGUCCAAACUGAGCUGCCUUGAAAAGAGCAAGAAUCUCAAACCACUAUUGAUUUUUCAGACACACAAGCCCAUCAACAUAUGGAAUCAGCUUCAGUUUUACUUGAAGAAUCACGAAACAACUCUAUGUAUGGUCAGCAGAUGGGAAUCUCUUUAAAUGCAUCUCUUGAAGGGACAUUUAAAAAAUCAGGGGCGUCUAUAAAAGAUUCUUUAUAUGAAAUCCCAUUUGAUAAAGACUUUGAAACUCCAAGGCUGCCUAUGGAAGCAUUAAGAGGAAAACAGCAAACAAGGGAUGAAGAAAUCAGGGAAUCACGUGUGAAAUUCCAGUCUAGACAAAGUACUGAAGAAGAUACUAGCGAACUUAUACAAAUUGCGAAUAAUUUUCUGGAGAAUCCACUAAUGAUUCAGCUGAGAAAUAAAGAAAUAGAUUCAUUUGAAUCUUCAAUGGACAGCUUGCCUAACUAUACAAAAAGCCAGCCAGUCCCACCGUUAGAUUUAUUGAAUUCUUCAGAGGUCAAUAUUGAUCCGCCUUUUAAUCUUCGAUGGGAAAAAGCAAUAAAAAGCAUUGUUAGCAAGAAUUUGUAA